UUAAUUUCACUUUGGGUUUGUCAAAUUCAAAAUGGCGACCAUUGUCAGAGGAUUUUCGAGGUUGCCUGGUAAACAUCAAGUUUUCCGCGCAAUUAGUACAUCAUCUUGUAAAUGUUCUACUGAUGGUCCGAAUGUUGACAAAGUUACACAUACAGGACAGGUUUGGGACAAAGAUGACUUCAGAAGAGCAAGAUUUGCUGGAAAAGACAAAUUGGUGAAUCCAAGGUUCGCCAUAGACCUGAUUGCUGAAGACCCAAUUGUGGUAUGUGAAAGAAGAAGGGUAUCAAGCAACAGCGGGGGUGCUCUCGGACACCCAAAAGUUUUUAUUAACUUGGAUAGGGAUGAAGUGGCAGUGUGUGGAUAUUCCGGGCAAAAAUUCAUCCAGAAAAAGUUUUACAAUCCUAAGGAGCAUGGGCCUUCUAUAACAUACGAGGAAUAUCUAAAACAAAUGGAAGAGAUCAAGUCAUAAUCCUAAUAAACCGAUGACGUUUGGACAUAAAAUUGGUUUUGAGAGUGCUUAAUAUUAUUCAUUUUAUUAGUAGGAAGAAGAAAGGACCGUUUUGGAAAUAAGUGAAUUGAAUAUUUAGAUGUAAUUGUUGAUAAAUAAAUGUACCUAAUUGUU